ACGCACCGCCAAGCGGCGUGGCUCUUUCGGCGUCGCCGCGAUGCCCGUCAGCGUGAGCCAGCUCACGCUCACCAGCGGCGACCUGGACAAGUUCCGGAACCCGCCAUGGUGGCACCGGCGGACGCGGCUGGAGCGGGCCCUGUGCGGCGUCGCCUCGACGGCCCUGCUCAUGUUCUUCGCGAUGGCGGCUGCACUGGCGGUGCUGGGCUACCACUACCAGCGAGGAAUCGAUAACGGUGGACAGCGGCUUGGCAACCGACCAGGCCGAGAAGGUCGGCAGGGCGUGGCGCUGCCCUCGAAGGCCGACCGGCUGAUGGGUGGAGGCGAUGACGCCAAGCUGUGCCUGUCGCCUGGCUGCGUGCAGGCCGCCUCGGCGCUGCUGCAGAACAUGAACCAAAGCGUGGACCCGUGCGAGAACUUUUACCAGUUCGCCUGUGGCGGCUGGGUGCAGAGGCACCUCAUACCCGAAGACAAGUCGUCGCUGUCGCAGUUCUCGCUCAUCCAGGACCAGCUGGACGCCAAGCUGCGCGUGCUCGUUGAAGAACCCGUGCGCCCGGGGUCCGAGCCGCGGUUCGUGCAGAAGAUGAAGUACAUGUACCAGUCGUGCCUGAACACGACCGUCAUCGACUCGAUAGCCGAGACUCCGCUGAAGCGGGUCCUGACCGAGCUGGGCGGCUGGCCCGUUGUCGAAGGCGCCGGCUGGAACGCCACGCGCUUCCACUGGCUGGACGCGCUCAUCCAGUACCGGAGCUUCGGCUACAGCCACGACAUCCUGCUCGACCUGUCGGUCAUCCCGGACUUCCGCAACAACACACGCUACAUCAUCGAUCUGGACCAGACGUCGCUGGGCCUCCCCGACCGCACGUAUCUGCUGCGGGGCCUGAACGACAGUGCGGUGGCCGCUUACCUGAAGCUCAUGGUGGAAGCUGCCAUGUUGCUCGGCGCCACGGACCGAACGGCCGCCGAGGAAGAGCUCAAGAACGCGCUGCUUUUCGAGAUCACGCUUGCAAACUACUCUACACCGCGCGAAGAACGGCGCAACAUCAGCAAGCUGUACAACAAGAUGCCGCUGAGUGACCUGAAGAAGCUGGCACCAAAAAUCGACUGGAACCGCUACUUCAAUUCGCUGCUGCUGGACCCGGUGGCGGACGACGAGCCGAUCAACGUGGUGGUGCCGGCGUUCGUGCAGCGCUUCGAGGGCCUGCUGGAGACGACGCCCGCGCGCACGCUGGCCAACUACAUGGUGUGGCGCGUGGUGCUGCAGUCGUACGCCAGCCUGGGCAAGCCGUGGCGCGAGCGGCUGCAGGAGUUCAACGGCGUGCUCACGGGCAAGACGCGCGAGACGGCCCGCUGGGAGCAGUGCAUGGGCUCGCUCACGGGCUCGCUGGGCAUCGCGCUGUCGUCGCUGUACGUGCGCCACUUCUUCCAGGAGGACGCCAAGGGCGCCGCCCUGGACAUGGUGCAGUUCAUCGUGCGCGAGUUCCUCGCCAUCCUCGACGGCAUCGACUGGAUGGACGAGCAGACGCGGCAGCGAGCGCGAGCCAAGGCGCAGGCCAUCCGGCCCUACAUCGGCUACCCGGACGAGCUGCUCAACGACGCGCUCGUCGAGGAGCACUACGCCAAGGUGGAGCUCCUGCCGGACAACUACUUCGAGAACAUCAUGCGCCUGCGCAAGUGGUCCACCGACUACGCGUUCGGCCAGCUGCGCAAGCCGCACAUCAAGGGGGAAUGGAAGAAGCAUGCUCAGGUGGCCGUGGUCAACGCAUACUACAACAGCCUGGAGAAUUGCAUCGAAUUUCCAGCCGGCAUCCUGCAGGGCGCCUUCUUCUCCAAGGAUCGACCAAACUACAUGAACUACGGUGCGAUUGGGUUCGUCAUAGGACACGAAAUAACGCACGGUUUUGAUGACAGAGGGCGCCAGUUCGACAAAGACGGCAACAACGUGAACUGGUGGGAGCACGAGACGGAUCAGCGGUUUCGCGAAAGGGCGCAGUGCAUCAUUGAUCAGUACGGAAACUACACCGUCGCCAAGGGUACCAUGAAGGUGAACGGCGUCAACACGCAAGGCGAGAACAUUGCGGACAAUGGAGGCAUCAAGGAGGCAUUUAAGGCCUAUCAACGCUGGGUGAAAGAAAAUGGUCCGGAGGCGGGUCUUCCGGGCCUAAGAUACACACCCCAGCAACUAUUCUGGAUCAGUGCUGCAAAUGUGUGGUGCGGAAAGUACCGACCAGAGGCAAUGAAGCUUAGGAUCAUGUCUGGAUCACACAGCCCACCGUCUUACAGGGUCAUUGGUCCCAUGUCGAACACACCCGAGUUCGCCCAGGAGUUCAACUGCCCGCCUGGGUCUCCCAUGAAUCCGACCAAAAAGUGCACCGUCUGGUGAUCACUGCCGCCGCACCGUCUCCGGGAACAGUGAAAGGGACACUCUCCGGACCCUCGGUGCUCGGCUCCAAAUUUCGGCCGCAAAACUGUGUGCGCUGGUCGGCCCGAAAACAACAGUGCGAACAACAAAUAUAUCAUCGGUGUUGUCUG